AAUCCCUUCUAUAUUUCAAAAUUCACCACCACUUCUCUCUCUCUCUCCCUCUCUGUUGCAUUCAAAAACGAACAAAGCCGCAAAAAGAAAGGAAGAAAAAAAAAGAAAAAUUCUGCGUCUCCUGCUCAGGGUUAUCAGGUUAUCGUUUCCGGUCUUUGAAACAAAUCCGUGAUGGACAAUGCAGAGUGUGUGAGAGUUGCUGUUAAUAUUCGGCCUUUGAUUACAUCUGAGCUUCUCAUCGGCUGUACAGAUUGUAUUACCGUCAUUCCGGGAGAGCCUCAGGUUCAAAUUGGGUCACAUGCGUUUACCUACGAUUAUGUUUAUGGAAGCACGGGAUCAGCUUCGUCUUCAAUAUAUGACGAUUGUGUGGCUCCUCUUGUGGAUGCGAUCUUUAAUGGUUAUAACGCCACAGUUCUUGCAUAUGGACAGACGGGUUCAGGAAAAACAUAUACAAUGGGGACUAAUUAUAACGGUGAAGGAACCAACAGUGGAAUCAUUCCUAAAGUGAUGGAGAAUAUAUUUCAGAGGGUUGAGACAAUUAAAGAGAACACAGAGUUUUUGAUAAGAGUAUCGUUCAUUGAGAUAUUCAAGGAGGAGGUAUUUGAUUUACUAGACCCAAACUCAGCGGCUCUGUCAAAAGCGGAAGGAGCAAAUACGAUGAAACCAGCAGUGCCUACCAGAGUUCCAAUCCAAAUUAGGGAAACAGUGAAUGGUGGGAUAACACUUGCUGGGGUGACUGAAGCAGAAGUUAGAACGAAGGAAGAGAUGGCAACUUACUUAUCGCGUGGUUCUCUGUCUCGGGCCACUGGAAGUACUAACAUGAACAGCCAAUCGAGUCGCUCUCAUGCUAUUUUUACAAUUACUAUGGAACAAAAGAAAAUUGCACAUGGUACAAAUGACGUCAAUAGUGAUGAUAUUGGUGAUGACAUAUUGUGUGCAAAACUACAUUUAGUAGACCUUGCUGGUUCUGAACGGGCAAAGCGAACAGGGGCUGAUGGCAUGCGUUUCAAAGAAGGCAUUCAUAUCAAUAAGGGUUUGUUAGCACUUGGAAAUGUUAUAAGCUCCUUGGGAGAUGAGAAGAAGAGGAAAGAAGGGGGCCAUGUCCCAUACCGUGAUAGCAAGUUGACUAGAUUGUUACAGGAUUCUCUGGGUGGAAACAGCAAAACGGUGAUGAUUGCAUGUGUUAGUCCUGCUGACACGAAUGCUGAAGAAACUUUGAACACAUUAAAGUAUGCAAAUCGUGCCCGCAAUAUUCAAAAUAAAGCAGUGGUGAACCGAGAUCCAAUGGCAGCUCAGAUUCAAAGGAUGAGGAGCCAAAUUGAGCAAUUGCAAGCUGAACUACUCUUUUACCGUGGUGAUUCAGGUGCACCAUUUGAUGAACUUCAGAUUCUGAAGCAUAAAGUAUCUUUACUUGAAGCCAGUAAUGCAGAACUGCAACGGGAGCUUCAGGAGCGUAGGGUUAGUUGUGAGCACUUGACACAACGUGCUAUUGAUGCUCAGGUUGAAAAAGACAAAUUAUUAAUGCAAAUUGAUUCAGCUCGCAGUGGUAAAUCUUGGGAUGAGAUUGAAUCUAAUUUAGAUAAGGAAUUUGAUGUGAUGAAGACUUAUGUUUCAAAAAUUCAAGAGCUUGAAGGAGAGUUGUUGCGUCUGAAAGCUUUGUCAAACUCAAAGGACAACAGAUUUAUUGAUUGUUUGGAUUCAGAUGAUGAAGGGUUCCACUCAAAAAAUGCUUCAUUCCCGUCUCUAAAUGAGCUUUCGUCCAACUCUGAUUCAAAAGCUGGGGAAAUUUCGGAGGACGAGGAAAAGGAAAAAGAGCUUGAACAUUCUUCCCUUCAAGAAAAAUUGGACAGGGAGCUAAAAGAAUUAGAUAGGAAACUUGAACAAAAGGAGGCUGAAAUGAAGCGUUUUACGGGCGUUGAUACUUCAGUUCUUAAACAACAUUAUGAGAAGAAAGUUCAUGAGUUGGAACAGGAAAAGAGAGCUUUACAGAAAGAGAUUGAGGAAUUGAGGUAUAAUCUUGCAAAUAUAUCCUCUACUUCUGAUGAUGGUGCUCAAAAGUUGAAGGAAGAUUAUCUUCAAAAGUUGACUCUGCUCGAGUCACAGGUUGCGGAGUUAAAAAAGAAACAAGACGCACAAGCCCAAUUGUUGAGACAAAAACAAAAGAGUGAUGAGGCUGCAAAACGACUUCAUGAGGAGAUUCAUAGAAUUAAGACUCAAAAGGUUUCUCUGCAACAAAAGAUCAAGCAAGAGUCUGAGCAGUUUAGGUCGUGGAAGGCAUCUCGAGAAAAAGAAGUUCUUCAGCUAAAAAAAGAGGGAAGGAGGAACGAAUAUGAGAUGCACAAACUGUUAGCCUUGAAUCAGAGGCAGAAAAUGGUUCUACAAAGAAAGACAGAAGAAGCUGCUACGGCCACCAAAAGGUUAAAGGAACUUUUAGAAUCUCGAAAGGCAUCCUCACGUGAUUCUUCAGGUGCUGCAAAUGGCAAUAUUCAGGCUAUGAUGCAAGCAAUUGAGCAUGAACUUGAAGUCACAGUACGAGUACAUGAAGUACGUUCUGAGUAUGAGCGACAAAUGGAAGAGAGGGCUAGAAUGGCUAAAGAAGUAGCAAGAUUGAAGGAAGAAACGCAGAUGCUUAAACAAACUAAUUUAAGUGAUCCAUCAGCAAUGUCUCCUGGUGCAAGGAAUUCUAGGAUUUUUGCACUUGAAAAUAUGCUCGCUACUUCUUCUAGCACCCUCGUUUCCAUGGCAUCACAAUUGUCAGAAGCAGAAGAACGUGAACGGGGCUUCAGUGGAAGGGGGCGCUGGAAUCAAAUUCGCUCUUUGGCUGAUGCUAAAAAUAUCAUGAACUAUCUAUUUAAUUUAGCAUCUUCCUCCAGGUGCGUGUUGAGGGAUAAAGAAGUUGACUGCAGAGAAAAGGAUAGUGAGAUAAAAGAUUUAAAGGAAAAAGUAGUUAAACUUAGUAGUUUAGUAAGACAUCUUGAAGUGCAGAAGACAGAACUCAUCCAUCAGGUUAUGUCACAGAAUUCAGCAUUGAAGAAAUAUUCCGUGAGAAAUCAAUUAGAUUCUGGGAUUCCUGACCUCAACAAUGUACACAAGUAUGAAUUGCGCAAGCAGGUGCAUCGUAAUUCUGUCAUUUUAAUGGAGGAUAUGGACAUAUCUGAAUCAGAACGUUCAGAUGCAGACACAGCAGAUGAUGAAUGGGUUCAGUCAGAUGUGGACAUGGCAGAUGAUGAAUCUGCUCGGCCAAUGAAACGGCGAGUUAAGAAAAAAAUUUGCAAAAGUGGUGGAAGUUCAAGUACGGGGGAGAUCAAUGAUCCAGAAAACUCCAAAUUGGAUCCUUCUAGUGAGGGAGUAGCUUUUGCCAUGGAACAAACUACGCCAGUAUGUUGCACCUGUAGUAGAUAUUCUUUAUGCAAGACACAAAAGUGCCAAUGUCGGGCGGCCAAGGGCAUCUGUGGAACAUCCUGCGGCUGUGUGCCUAGUAAAUGCUCUAAUAGAGAAGAUAAGCUUGAUGAAUUGGUACAACUAGAGAUGUCUGAAUCUGCUGGGACCGGUUCAGGAUCAGAUGAUACAGACAAGAAGCACGAUCUUGCUUCUCAUGGUGCAAUGCUGCUUCAGAGUGCAUUGGUUGAGAAGCCUGUUGAGACAAGCGAUAAUGGUGUUGUUAAAAGGAAACCUUUGUCAGAUAUUGGGAAUACAGUGGCCAAAUCCAAUGCGCCAAAGCCUGAGCAGAGAAAGAAAUGGCGAAAAUCAAAAUCCACAAUUCAGUUGAUUCCUGUUGCUCCCCCCACAUCCACGCAAUCAGAAAAAGCAGAAGUCCCUCAAAAGGUAGAUAAUAGUGCAGGUGAGACAGACAUGCCUUUGAAGUUACCCAGAGCUAUGUUAUUAGCUGCAUCAAACAAUGCCAAGUCAGAGAACAAUGUUUCGAAUGAGGCAGAUGUGCCUUUAAAGUUACCAAGGGCUAUGCUAUCAGCUGCAUCAAAUAGCAGUGCCCUUUUGAGAGAAAGGAAUGCCGAUAAAUCACACGAAUCAGUUAAUAAAGAAGCCAAUGUACAUCCUACAAGAAGUCCAGCCCGGCCGCCAAGAACUUCUGAGGAGAAAGAGAACUAUGGCCGUUAACUUUGAUCGUAUUUCCUGACAUACCCGAUAUAAUCAUUUACACUUAACAUCAAACAUUCUUGUUCCGGUGGCUUUGUUGGAGGGGAAGUAUUUGGAGCACUAAAUUAUGAUUAAUCUUGAGUUUGUAAUUGAUUGUGUAGGAAAAAUGUGAAAUUGAUUUCUUUCUGGAAAUCUAAGAAGACGGUUUAGUUUAGGAUAUGUUUUCCUAGCCUCUGGUGGUGAUCUGUACACUGUUCAUUGUUGUUUUUGUGCUCUGUUAAUGGUAUCACAGAUUCAUUGUUUGAUCUAAUUCAGAUCAAGAAAA